CUCCUCGUUCAGCAUAUUAAUCGUCCUCUCAACUUGUCCAUCUUCCGUCACGGUUUGGCAUGGAUACGACUCCGUACGACUUCCCGGAUAUCCGCAAGAAGCUCAUCAAGGACGACCAGAAGUUCAAGAAGCAGUACCAGGUUGUUGACCGGCCUCCUGUGACUGACCACGACAUAAACGAGGAGUAUCUCCGGGACCCACCAAACAACGAGCCCGCAGAGACUACCACAGAUUACAAGGCGCGUGGGCUGAAGAGGGGCGCACGGAAGGUGAAUACUAAACAAGAGGACGUGAGGAUCACGAAAGAGUCAGCAUUAGGCACGACGGCGAACGAGAGCUCAAUCUAUCCGUGAGCAGUUGCUUGGAUUGGCCAGGCUGAGGAGGACUUCACGCAAUGUACGAAUAGAUGAGUGGGCAUACUUAAAACUCUAAAUAAAGGACUUUCUU